AGCCGGAAUCAUUAUCACCUGUCAUUGGCGCAAAGCAAUUGAAGUGAAGAGAACUUGAGAUGCCAAAAGUCGCCCACUUGCUGGCAUUUUAUGUCAUUUGCCUGUCCCCCUGUUUGGCCAACGCUCUCGAGUGCUACGUCUGCAGCUACCUGCUCGGCCAGAGCGAUGCCACCUGCCUGACGAAUGCCACCGCCGUGCGCGCCCUCAACUGCACCAAGAAGUACUGCCUCACAGUGCGGCAGGAGGCGAUUCAUAAUGGGAACAAAGUCAUUUCCUUUCUACGUGACUGCCAGGAUAAGCCGACGAUACCGAAUGGAGUUAGGACGGACUCCUCGUCUCGCACCUACUACCGCUCCUGCCAGCUGAAUCUAUGCAAUGGGCACAACGGACGCGUCUACAACACGAGUGGUAGCCUCACCAUCGGUGCUGGUGCUGGAGCUGGUGGCUCGGCUGGGGCAGGUGGUGGGGGCAAUCACAACGCCAUUAUACCUGGCAAGAAUGGCAGCCACGGCACAGGGGCUGGGGGACUUCAACUGGUGGUGCUGCUGUUUGCUGUUGUGGUGGCUGUUGCUCGCUGGCUGUAAUUAGCAUAAAAUGGAUGUUCCGCAAUAUGACAAAAAAAGGACACGCUCGAUUCUAAUCCCAAUGUCUGUCCAGAGAUGAAAAUAAAAAGUGCCGCCAGCAGCCAAUUAAAACGCAUUUAGCUGCUGUCUGAGCUUAUGGCAGAGCCAGUGGCUCGUUUCUCGUCCCUUGCAAUACUUUGGACAGUUGAAGAGGUCAACGGGCUGUGACCUCCCAAACUAGACUUCCGCACAUGUUGACCGCAAUUCAGAAAUGUGGGCGGGGGGCCUUCAAUAGCUAGCUCAUUAAAAUAGAAUUAAAUACGCGUUAACGGCUAACAUAAAUUCCAGCUAAUAGCCAGACUUUUCAGUCUCUGUCAUGAGUCGACGACAUUUUUAUGUUCAUUUCUAGAAAACACAACACAAAAACAACAUUCGGCUGGCGGCAAACAUUUCAAGUACACAAAUGUCGCACUGGCAGGUGAAAACAACAAAAUAAUAAAUACAGCUCAGCUAUAUAUCCUUUUAAUUGAAACCAAAAAUAGCCCAAGCUGCUCUAUUCAUCCUCAAUUCACUGUUGACUAAGAAGUAAGCUCAAGACUCAAGACUCAAAUAUAGCUGCAGAGCUCUAGAGUGAACAGCCACUCAGCUCAGCAAAUAGGCGCAUGAACCUUACCUAGAGUCUAACUAGUGAGAGAGAGAGUGAGUGAGUGUGUGUGUGUGCAUGUGAGAGGCUGCUGAAGGAUUUAGUUCUGUAUUUUUCUUCUCUGCUUUAACAAAGUUAAUUGAAAUGUUAAAGAAAAUACGUUUAGUAAUUGAAAUCGAUUAAAAACUAGGGCACGCUAAUAACUUAAAAGGGAGGGAGAGAAAACUUUCGAUAACAGUACGUAUGCGUGCGCCUGUGUGUUUGUGUGUGUGUGUGUUGACUUAACGCAUUAAAGUUUCCACGAGUUAAACUGUAGCAUGCUUGUCACUUGCCGUUGUCGCUGACAUUUGACGUUGCUUUUGCUUUGCUUUUGCUCCCUUGACAUGCUUUUGGCGCUUGGAAAUACACGAAAAAUGUUUGCAUGGCAAACAAAUCGCUGUGUUUGCCUUACCUACUCCUCCUGCGCCUCCCCCUCUGGCAACUCUGCGUGUGUCAUUCGUGCACACUGUGACAUGCACACUGAAAGCGAAAGCACAUCGCGCAACAGACCCCAUUCCCAUUCCUGUUUUUCUUUCUUUUUUUUUUAUUUUUUUUAUUUGGGUUUGGACAGCAAUUACAAUUUCAGAUUGAAAAUGGCCAGCAGAGCGCGUCAUAUAAAAUUUCCGAUUUGCCAAUUGAACUAAAUGAACAUUUUGUCGCAUCUCUGCAAACUAGAAAUAUCAAAGCCAAUUAGCGCAGCUCUAUGAAUAAACGAAAUUAGCCAAUAAAUAUGGAAUGUGGUAAUGUGUGUCAUCAAUCAUCUGUAAUCAAUCAAACUUGCAUUGGGCACAUAAAACAUACUCAAAAUGGGAGUUGGCCAUAAUUAUUUAUUAUUAAUAUUUACCCAGUCAAGGACCAAGCAAGUUCCACAUAAACAGAACAAAGUUAAACAAUCUGUAAUGAUAUUUAAUUUCCAUUUUUUUUUUCUUUUGUUGUGACCCCAAUAUAUGAUUUCAUCACACCUCAGCAGCCACAACACUUAAGUAUAUACAAUUAUACGUCCCGUAAGUCGAGCAAUAAUAAUUGGGGAAUUGUGAGCCGAGAGAGAGGGAAAGACAUAAAGGUACAAGUGUCUGGUCGAUUUAAUUUCAUUGAGGAAGUCGUUUGCGUAUAACAAAUAUUAUCUUGUGCCCAAUAUGCAGAGAAGGCGAUACGGAUUCAGAAAGCGGGAAUGUUCCCGAAAUGUUCUGCUGUCAUGCUGUCGCAGUCCACAGCAUAAUAAACAAGGCAGUUGAUAUGUAGCAAAGAGGCGAGACAAAUUACCUAAAAUAUGCAAGACUUUUUGAAAAAUACAAUUUUUUAAAGGAGACUGCUCUACUACGUGAUUCCCUGAGCCCGUAGAGGGACUCAUACAUAUGUUAAUAAUUCCUCGUUCCUUUCCUGCUUACAAAAACAGCACAUGAACGUCCAUAAGCAGUGCUGCCUGCUUAGCCUAUUUCAAGCUAGAUCGAGCCUCUUUGAAAGAUGUGUAGCCAAUUGAUAAUAAAUCCAUUGAAAAUGAGCUUGGAAUGUAAGAGAUUGAGGUCGAUUUUAGUCCUUAAGAGAGCCAUAGAAUAGAAGAACAGAAGGAGAAACUACUGUGUAUGCCAACUAAUAAUUAGUAUUAUUAAUGUACAUAAGCUAUUUAGCAUAUGAACAUUCAUAUAUUGUAUAAUGAGGUAAACCUAUAUAAGUAUGCGUGGCCAACACCAAUAUAUCAUAUAUUUGGUUGUAAAUCUGUCUCACUAUCUGUCACACAGUUUGUCUCUCUGCCUGUCUGCCUUAGAGAAGCACGGUAUGAGAAGCUCAAUAGAAGAUCGUUUAAUUUGUUUCUAUGUAUGCAGCAGUAUUCAUUUGGUGCUUAUAUUCAAGUAACACGAAGCUAGAAUACUGGGAGCAGCUGAGAGUGCUCCCAUUGGUCUUUUAAAGCUCGGUGUCAACGAUCUCUACCUGGUGCCGAGCUCAACAUUUGAGAGCACCUUCGGGUGUGAGUGAAACUUGCCUUAUAUAAAGGGCAGCAGCUGUAGCAUCUCUUCAGUCGUCCAGGCCAGUCGUAGAGUGCAGUAGAGUAAAGUGAAGUGUGUGGUCGUUCAGUUAAGCAUUAAAGACUUGGAGAAGAGACAUUUACUUAUAGUCUUUGCUCUGGCUAUAGCUAAUUUAGCUUUCCAAGAAUGGGAGGCAGAAAUGGACCAACUGGUUGUCAAUUUCCCAACCAAGUGGACGUUCGCUUUGCUAGGAAACUAUAUUUUCCGCAACUUGUGUUAGCUUUAGCUCAAUGGAUAGUUGAGUAAAGAUUCUCAGAGUUAACUUAAUGAUGUGCCUAUUUCAAGAUUCUCAGAGUUAACUUAAUGAUGUGCCUAUUGCAGUGCCUCCAGUACUCAACACAGCUAAGCUUUAGCAGCUGGCGCUGAGUCCACAAUUUGUGCUGCAUCCAUAUAAUAAAGUCGAGGUGCUUGUCAAUGAAAUGGCUUCAAUCAACAAACCUGUGAUAUCGCCCACAUCAAGAAAAUUGCUCUGCCAGCUGGCCAUAGCCUCUGGCUAGUGCCUGACUUCUCAUUGGUUGGCCCUCGUUGAAAUGCAGCACCAUUGUGACAAUAGCCGUGGCGUGAGCUCUUUGACGCCAAAGCAACGAGAAAUCAACUUGAACUGGUGUCAACUCUUUCUGCUCCAACUACAAAUGGCUUGACCCGAGUCGCAGCUUGUCUGGACUGGAUCAAGGAUGACACGCACAUAGACCACUGAAUAUUCUCUUAUUGGAAUAUAACACUUAAAGCCAGUUGUCUUUCACUUUAGCAAGAUUUGUUGUGCUUUUCCUUUAAGACACACAGCACAGCCCAACCUAGCCAGGCCCUCCUUUUCUCCUUUUGGGGCACUGGGCCCAGUUGUGUGUCAAGUCGGAGACUUUAGCUGUCUGCUUGAGGAAGGUGUGUGUGCCACAUUAUAAAUUUACUUCGUUUGUCUUUCGUUGCUGCCCAGAUAGCCAGAUAUUAAUGGUUGGGGCUGACAGCUUUGUAUGCCACCAGAGAUAUUACAAGUCAACAGUGGGUCCGGGUGUGGGGCAUUGUGGUUUUGGUAUUUCGUUCAAUGACUGCGUCGACAUUAUUUCCAUUACACCCAUUUAGUUGUCGCUGCGUGCACUAAACUUAUUCAUUGACGACAGCAAUUUGUGGUCCUGUGGCGUGACAGAGAGAGAGCGAGAGAGGGAGAGAGGGACAGGGAGUAGGACAGGGGACAGGGGCCUGCGGAAACAGACGGACAUUAGUUGGCUCCGUUUAAUGCCCAAUUGGCAUUACAAUGGCUGCUCCCGCAACUGAGUUGGCUGCCUGCAGUGCAUUGAACUUGCAUGCUCAGAACUCAAUUGGCAUUUCUCAACGUCUCAACGUCUCGUCGUCUCAGUCUCUUUGCUGUCUGCCCCUCUCACCUACCCCCUUGGGGCAGUCAUUUGUACCGGAAACUAUGCAAGCAUUUUACGAGCUAUUUGACCGGUCGAUGAAGUCAUACUCAUUACUAAUGCACACACCUUCAAGGUAUUGCUGGCUAGGCUGAGGUCCCUCUGUGUCGCCCCCGCUCAAAGUAAAUACAAUUUAUUGCUGCCCAUUUGCCAAAAAGAUCAGAGUACAGAAUUAAAACGAACUUUCGCCAAAAAAUAAACAGAAAUAUGGAAGAAAAUAUCAAAAAGCGGGAAGACAGCUUGCAAAUUGCACAAUCGCAGUGCAUAUGUUAUAAAUUUACAGAAAAUAAAAAACAAAAAAUUCACAAAAAUAAUAAUAAUAAAAAAAAAAAUUAUAUAUAAAAUUAAAAAUCGAGCAACUCAGCGACAACAAAAGCCAACAACAAAAGGCAAACUCAAAGAAGGCGGAACAUCCGACUAAAAGUCGCGUGAUUUAUGCCCAGACACAGCCACGCCCUGCAUACCUCCCCACCUACCCACACCCCCUACAGACAACUGGAGCAGAGAUUUUGGUGGGCGUGUGAGCAGUGCAGCCCAAGAGGCACGUCCGCACUUGUCUAGCAUCUUAUAAAAUCGAUUGAUUUCUUGUUGAGUGGAAUCAAUUUAAUAAUGAUUAUCUCUAAACCGAAAUCUAUAUACAAUAAAUUCGAGAAAAGUCGUAAGAUCAUCAUCGGUAUUUAUAGAGAGCUGUGGUGAAAUCUGAAGGAUAAGUAUUUAAAUUAAUGACUUUCGCCUAUUUAUAAACACAUCCAUUGUUUUUGACCUUUGUAAGAUAAUUAGACAGCUCACAAAUCGUAAUGUUUAGC